UCGACAAAGAAAUCACCAAAUUAUAAAAAAAAAACAAAAGUAACCAAAAUGAUGAAAUUAUUUUGCCUUAUUUUGUUCGUUGCAAUCUCCUCAAGUGUUGCAAACAAGCCCUACUCUGAAUCGAUCACGACUCAACGUGAAUUGAUUCGUGGCGCAAAACGGAUAUGCUUGACAAAGUACAGUCUAUCUUCGACAAUACCAUUGCCAAAAGACGUUCUUAAGACGGACCCAAAAACCGCAUGCUCUUUUCAUUGCAGUAUUCUUGAGCUUGGCAUCAUCAAUGACAAUGGAAUUAAUGAGGCGAAUUUGAUGGCUGAAAACGUAGCGAUCGAUCAUGAUCAAACUCGUCGAUUGAUUGAAAUGUAUAAUGAUCUCUGUUCCAAGGACCACUUAUUGCCGUACAAUUUCUUUGGAGCCAGAAGAGAGUUUUCAAAGUUGCCAGAAGAAAUUCUCCUGGAAUUGGGGUAUUUAUACCAAAUUUGGUCAAAAAUAUCCGUAAGCAAAUAACCAAAUUGAGACUUUUUUUUAUACAAGUAUUAAAAAACUCAACUUCAUAUAAAAAAAUUAUUAUCAUUAGUAACAUUGACUUAUGACAGAUUUUCAAUAUUGAUAAGCUCAAAUGCAAAUUUCGAUGUUUUUUCAUUUUUUAAAAAUAAAUAUAUAAUCAAAUUCUUCAAAAUGUC